AUGGAAUAAAGCUGAACUUUUAGAUUGUUAUUACUAUGAGCUGGCUUGACAAACACAAAUUUCCCUAUUUGCAAAAUUUCGCAGAGAAUUCUCUGUGGGAACUAAAUCCUCAAGGCAUGCCUUUUGCUUGAGCUUCUAUGAAGCAGGAGUUGUUCUUAUUUGUGCCAUUUUUCUUCCAAAGUGAUGCAUCGAAAAUUAACAAGCAAAUAAAAUUGAUUUGCUAUGGACUGCCCUAUCAUGAAAGCAUCCUUGAUCCGAAUGAAAAGGCAAUCAUGAUAGCGAACUGGAUACCGCUAUAUUUAUUCAAACCCCAUCCCUAACUGCUAUACAUUUCUUUCAUACUCUCCGGCCCAGUCACAGCCCAAUAACCAUACAGUGAACUGGACUUUCAAUAUAUAGGUGGCGAUCAUGUUGCAAACAAUUUACUAUACUGGCUGGGAGGGCUUUGUCCAUGCCCGCAGUUGUCACUGCGAUCCCAAGCGAUGGAGGCAUCACCUCAUUUGUUAACUAUAUAAUUGCCUCCUGCUCCCUCCCAAAUACCAUACAAUCUUCUAUCACCCGCGUCCAGCAAGUCGCAAACAACCACUCGAAUCAACAUCUAAAUACGAAAAACAAUCGAAGGGAGGCCAAAAUUCGCCCUGCAACGUAACUGCUUCACAGACCGGUUCCAAAAAAACGUGGGCCUGAUUGCUCCAUAGUAUAUAUACCAGCAGACAUCGCCAUAUACAGCUUUCUCAGCAGCCAUGUCAAGCUUUCCACGUCGCCCAGCACCAGUCGCACCAGGACAUCGGCGAUCCCGUGGUGGUGAUAUCGAAAUGGCACCGAUCAACCUGGGCGGCCCAUCGAGAGGUGAAGUGGGCUACCGAGCCGCACGCUUUGGAACACAAGGCAGAGACGAUGAGUGGGUAUGGCUCGGAAACAGUUCUGCGUGCAUAGGAAUGAUUGUCUUAGUCGUGGUUGUGGUCGUGGCGGUCGUUCUUGGAGCCCUGAUGGGGACGGGCAAGAUCAAAUCAGGAGGGAAAGAGUGGUAGUGCACCGGCCACGAAGGUCAUGAUUCAUGGACUAUGAGGAGCAGUUCAAAAUAGGUGAGCUUUGAUGCAUCCAGUAUUGGAGGCUUUUGACGCAAUAAUUGCUCUACGGCCGUGUGGCUCAAUUCUUAU